AUGGACAAGGGGAUUGUUACUAGUGUGAGACACCAGGGGGAGGAAGAAUGGAAUCGUUUGGAGGGGAAUGAGUUUCAAGGCUGUGGAGUUUCUGUUGGGAUGGGAGGGGGAAAUUAUAUUAUCCAUGAGUGGCUUACUACUAGAGAUGGUCGAUUGGCAUCCGGAUAUCCGGCUGCUUUUUCCGGCCAUCUGAGCAUCCGCAUCCGCAUCCGCACCCGCUGGCGGGUAUCCGAGCGGGUAUCCUCGGAUACCCGCCCUCUAAAGGGCCGGCUGGAAGGGUCUCCUUCCAGCCGGUGUAAGACUCAAAAAGUGGUUGUAAGACCCUUUUUGCUGAAUGGAGAAGGGGAUGGUGGAGGUGCAAGCUCUGCCCUUCUAUACUAUCAGAUAACAAGACCCACCAAGCUCAGCUUGGCAAGUUUUAAUCAAGUGAUAGGGUAA